AUGGAGACGGUGCUGCUGGAGCACUUCCCCGGGGGGCUGGACUCCUUCUCCUCGCCCCCCUACUUCGACGAGGAGGACUUCUUCCCCGAGGCGCCCCCGCGGGACCCGCUGGCCGCCGACGGGCUGCUGGAGCCGGACGUGGACUUCCUCAGCCGGCAGCUGCAGGAGUACUACCGCGACGGCGGCGACCCCGAGGGCGGUUACCGCUGCCCGGCGCCGGCCGCCACCUUCCCGCCGUCGCCCGCCUCGCCCGGUUUCGCCUACGAGUGCUGCGGGGCGGCGGGCGCGGCGCUGCUCUCCCCCGGGGGGCGGCUCCAGGCGCUGGGCUCGGCCAAGCGGCGGCGGCGGGUGCGCUCCGAGGCGGAGCUGCAGCAGCUCCGGCAGGCCGCCAACGUGCGGGAGCGGCGGCGGAUGCAGUCCAUCAACGACGCCUUCGAGGGGCUGCGCUCGCACAUCCCCACCCUGCCCUACGAGAAGCGGCUCUCCAAGGUGGACACGCUGCGCCUGGCCAUCGGCUACAUCAACUUCCUCAGCGAGCUGGUGCAGUCCGACCUGCCGCUGCGCAACGCCAGCAGCGACAGCCCCAGCCAGCCCAAGAAAAUCAUCAUCUGCCACCGCGGCACAAGAUCUCCCUCCCCGAGCGACCCCGACUACGGACUCCCCCCUCUGGCCGGUCACUCGCUCUCGUGGACUGAUGAAAAGCAACUCAAGGAACAAAACAUCAUCCGGACAGCCAAAGUGUGGACCCCCGAGGACCCGCGGAAGGUGAACAACAAACCCUCCCUCAACGACAUCGAGAACGAGCCCCCCUUCGACUUCGUGGCGUGAGGCCCCCGGCCCGCCCUGUACAUGCUGUAUGUAGAGACCUAUAUUGUAAAUGUAAUUUAAGAUUCACACUCUAAGGGCAAU